GUAAAUUGCUGGAAAUAUUAGAUUUAUCUAAAAUGCGUUUGGGAUGUAUUGUGAUAUACUCAGUGACCUGAUGGAGGCAGGUUGCGUACAUUUAGUUUUGAAAAUAUUGACAUUUUUAACUUCCUGGGACUUGGAAGCUGUGAUUUAUGUCAGUCAAUCAUGGAGAAAAAUUGUUUUUGAGUACUUUUGGAGAAGAAAUUCUGUACUUAAAAGGAUUUUAGAGAAAAAGAAAACUGGAAUCUGUGAUCUUAGAAAAAUAAAUCUCUCUUUCCAGGCCGAGGUGCUUGCUGCAGGUUUCAAUGAUCAGUGCGCUGUGCAAGAUGAAAAGUCCAAUGUGUACUUUAUGUGGUUUGUCCUUUAUUCGAAACUUGAGAAGUGCUGGGUUGAGAAUUGGUUGGUUCUAGGAGAGUUAAGGAGGGUUGGUCGAGUAGAAAUAUCUCUCAAUUCUCCAGAUAUAGAGUGCGCUGAUUAUGAGGAUGAUAUUCUAGUCCUAGGGGAGAGGAGUGGAAACGUUUCCAUCUAUCAACUGAAAAAUCAGAAGAGUGAUUGUGUUUCUGUGAUUUCUACCCAUACUAAACCAGUGAUAAAGGUGUUAGUUCAUGAUUCUGUGAUACUAAGCUGCAGUGAGGAUUGCUCUGUAACUGUUAUCAGGAUUACAAGAAAUGGUUGUCUUGAAAUAUCACAUAUACUACAGGGCCAUGUCUCUAGAGUUCGAUGUUUGUCACUCCUUGUGAAAACCGGUUUACUACUCACAGGAUCUGAUGACAGGACUGCUCGUAUUUGGAAUUUAUCUACAAGAUCUAACAGAGCAAAAACAACGCUUACCCCACACAGAUGGGGUGUAACCCAGGUACUGCUGACCCCUAGCUGUGCAUGCACUGUGGAUGGUAAAGAUAUUCUGAUAUGGUCCUACCAAGGACAGCUGAGAGCAAGGUUUGGGGUUCAGUGUACACCAUCAGCAUUGUUCCUGGAUUCAGAACUGAACUGCCUUCUUAUCGGAGAUACUAAAGGUCGUCUUUCUGGAUAUAAUUUAAGAGAUAUGUUGAUUACCCCGAAGGUGCAGGAAGAAACCAAUAUAUGUGAAAAUAAUUCAUUCCCUGCCUGGAGUUUGGAAACAGGCGAAGGAAGUCUUCUCAACGGAAGUGGAAUCCUGCUAACCGGAAGUGGAAGCUUGCUGACCGGAAGUUUAUCCCUGGGAAAGUCAUCAAUGUUAUAUCUUUCCCACACCUCUAAACAAUUCAAAGUGAACCUUUCACUUCUUGAUUAUUUAUAAACAGAUCAGUUGUAACACAGUUUAGAUGUUAGUUAAAAAGUUAAAAAGUGCAUGAAAACCAAAGUUGAAACCUCGUAUUAUCAAUAAUAUUAGGUUAGGAACCCAGCUGGCUUUGCCUGGGCUCUGAAAUAGACCCACUUAAUUUUUUAAAAGUUGGGGAAAUCAAAAUUUGAGACAAAUCUGUUGGGCCUUUGCAGCAUUUUCAACAUUUUUGAUGCCAUUUUUCAGUUACAUAUGUAUUUAUGUUUUUAUUGUGAAAAUAGAAGUGUAAUUUUA